AUGACGCCGCGCGCUCUGCAUGUCGAGCCGGGAGGAUCCAUGUACCUGAGCGUGUCGAAGGAUGUGUCGAUGCGUACCUGGAGGGUCCGGCCACGUACGGCGUGCACGGGGCACUCGUCACGACACUCUGACCUGAUUCUCGGCACCAUGACACAGAAGAUGAGGCUAUUCGGUACCCUCCCGAACGGCGAACGAGGCGGGGAGCUGGGAGCUGGGAGCUGCCAGCUACCAGAGGCCAGCAGGGCCCACGUGGUUUGA